AUGACCACAUCUAACGCGCGCGUCUACACCGACCGCAGAGCAGCCGCAGUCUGCAGGCGGGAGCCUAGUUGCGGGAUGGGUUCGAUUCCUCCAGCGAAGAAGGCGAGGCGGCUCCUGGUCAUGAACUGGCCCGGGGAUGCCCAAAAGCACCCCGAGCCGGGGGACGUAGAUGCGGCUCCAGCGCAUACCCACUCAGACCCUGCCUGGGGAACUACGGCGGCAGCGGGUCCCGCGGGCGGCCCUGGGGUCGCCGGAGCCCAGGCGGGAGGCGCCCGCGCCUGGAGCCCAGCAGUACGCGGCCCCUUCCUCCCCACUCCGCCCCUCCCGAGGCCGCGCGCCCGCGCCCACCGCCUGCCGCCGACGCAGCCCCGACGUCCCCGGGCGCCCCCGCCCGCUGCCGCGCGGCGCUCCCCACCCCGCCGUCCAGCCCUGCCCCUCCCCGGCGUCCCCGGCGGCCGCGGGGGUCUCCCCGGGCGCCGCCCUGAGCCCCCGGGGUCCCGGUCGGUCCGAGGCGGCGGCGGCGGCGCGUCCCUUACCGCGCAGCGGCUCCGGGCGGCUCCAGGGCCCCGCGGCGCGCCGGGCAUUUUUUUCUGGGAAACUUCUCCCGGGUCUGUAGGGCUGAGCCUGCCGGGCAGGAAAAGCGCUCAGCGCCGGGAGGCUGCGACCAUCCGGGAACUUCGCGGAGAUGUAAACCCUCCCCCUCGGCUCCCGGUCCCCCCCACCCACCCCGCCCCUGCGGCCCCGCCACAUGUGGACGCGCCGCGAGGCCGCCGCCGGCCCUUCGCCCUCUCCUCCCCGCGCCGCGCCCGCCCCGCCUGCCCGCCUGCGAGGCUCUGCGCCCCGCCGCCUCGGGUCAGCCAGAGCCGCGUGGCGAGAGUGCAGAGCGGGGAGGCCGGGGCUCGUGGGUUCCUCCGUGCCCUCCCCAGCGCGGUGAAGCACGCGGCCGUGGGGUCCGGGACGAGCGUCCGCAGACCAGCGGGAUCUGGACGGCUCGGACCAGCUCUGAAAACCCCAGGACCUAAAGAAAAGUUAACACUCACCAGGACGACGCAGAUACUAGAACGUGUGCGUUUGAAAACAACAACAAGGUCUGAACCAGUGCCAAGACUAGACCAUGUAGGAUCCUGGGUUUACAUCAGUUAUUUCCUCGGCUCCCUGGGGAUGUGUUCACCCUCCUCUGCCAUUGGAGUGUCACCCGGAGACAGGUUGGAGAAGCCCCGCUCUGAGAAACGUCACUACCGGGUGAAGGAGCCAGCCCACAUGUGACGUCCUCCCUCAGAAUGGGAGACAGCGCUCUUCAGAGGGCACGUGGACAUUCCAUACAGUUCCAGAUACCUGGCCUCCUAACUGAAGGGGAUGCAAUGCCUUUAUCCCCCCUUCCUACCUGUGCAAAAUGUCCGAGAAAUAAAACCAGUUCUGUUUCUUAAUGGGCUCA